AUGUCUUAUUCUGUUCGAUUAAGUUGGCCUGGAUUGAGGCCGUAUGUUGACUCGUCCACAAGAAUACGUUCUUCUAGUAUCAUCAGCGGUGCUAGAGCUCAGGCAAAGCUAGGGGCGUUCAGGGCAUUCAAUUCCCCUCAAAGCUCUCAAUUCGGGUCCUAUUCGCUGCUUAGAAGUGAUACGACUGUCAAUAAGAGCCUGUCUGUCGAAGACACUAGGGAAGCCAGUAUCAUGAAGCCAGUCUACGGCUUCAAUCCCGUGGAGAGUAGAGAUUUCGCUCUUCAAACACCGCCGGUUCGAAGAGGCUUCCUGUCACUACUUGCGAGUAGCUGGGAGAAUGCAAAUAUCAUAAAACCUGAACUGCUGGGCAUUCCCUGGUUAUCAUCAUUUCCUGGAUGCGCCCAGUCAGCCCACCACGGAGAAAUUGUCAGGUCAGGACAAAACUACCUGGCCAGUCUGCUUGCUGGUCGCGCUGAAGGAAAACAGCUUGUCAAUCAAAAGGUCGAGACAGUAGCCAGUUUCGUUGUCCAUCUCUUCCCUACUGGCGAAUUGGAACGCAUGAAGACCCUGAUGAAGUGCUACCUUUUGAUAUUCAUGCAAGAUGAUUCUAAAAAAGUGGCGGCAUUUAGGAAGCUUUUAUCUGAGCAAUUGGAUUCCCGGUAUCCAGCCGACUCCCACCUCAUUCUGAACUGGGUGGACGAUUAUUUCUCCACUCAGAGGCCUUCUCAGUGCCUAGACCACCUCGGCCGCUAUCUUGCAUACCGAGUUCAUGAUGUUGGCGCCGACGUCAUCUUUCGCUCAAUCCGCUUCGCUUGCGAAGCCAACCUGUCGAACGCCCAAUGGAAUGAAACGGACCGACUCCGAGCUCUCUGCAGCAAGCACUUUGCUCUCGUCAACGACCUGUACUCCUACCGGAAGGAAGUAGAGGAGUCGCGCGUACACAACACUCCACUUAUUAAUGCUGUCAAGGUAUUGGAGACAAUUCGGGGUAUAGCCCCUUCUGUGGCUCAGGCAGCCGUCUGCGAUCUCAUAUGGGAGAUUGAGGGACAAAUUGAGACCGAAGCCACCGCUGUAAAGCAGGGGGGUAUGAUAGUAUCUAGUGCACAGCAGCAAUUCAUUGGCGAGAUAAUUUUGGCAAUGGCGGGCAAUGUCUUUUACUCUGCAACCUGUCAUCGCUAUGCCAGAUUCCACCCUGGAUCGAGACUAUGACCAGCACUUGCAACAUUGUACUUUUGUACAGUACCUUCUCAUCGCAUCACUAUGACUAAUGGCACCAUAACCCCCCGUACAAGGGUGGAAGUUGAACUUUUCAUGAUUGGCUCGACCCCAUGUAUUGUUUAUUUCCCCGCCCGGGGUUGCUCUUAAAAGCCGUCCGUUCCCUCCUCCUUGAUUCUUCUAUUCCCUCUCCUUUUAUAAGAUCCCCAACUGUUUGGUCUAGGCAGCUGAUGCAUCUAACCUCGAAAAUAC